UAAAAUUGAAAUAUGAGCGUUCGCAAAUACCAAGUUUAAAGCACAAAGUCGCCAAUCUACAUUCAAAAAAGCAUCGCGAUUGCUCAGGAAGAUCGGAGCCUAGCCGAACAGAACAAGGUAAGCUAUGAAUCCUCCUCCUCUCGCAAUGCUCAGCUCAACUUCUAAUUUAAAUUCGAAUCAGAACUAUUCGCCAGCACCUGUAAAUACAAAUGAGAACUAUUUGCCAGCAUCUGCAAAUAAUCAGUAUGUUCAAAACCCCAACCCGAAUGCCAAUGCAAUGCAGAACUAUUCGUCGGCACCUGUAAAUACAAAUCAGAACUAUUCGCCAGCACCUGUAAAUACAAAUCAGAACUAUUUGCAAGCAUCUGGAAAUAAUCAGUAUAUUCAAAUUCCCAACCCUAAUGCCAAUCUCCCGCCAUUUAUCCCCAGGCCAUACUUCAACAAUAACGGCAAUUCAAUUAUGCUUCCUCUAUCAUUUUCUGGAAAUGCUUUAGCGCAUUCAGAUUUUUCCCCCUCCAGCGGUUCAUUUCCAUUCACCCCUCAAAAAAACCCAAGUUCCCAAAACCAAAAUAACCCAAAUAGCCAAAGCACAAACGAUACAAACAACCAAACCUUACAUCACCCAAAUUUUCAAAAUCAAAAUAACCCAAAUAGCCAAAACCCUAAUAACCCAAAUGCUCAAACCCUAAACUAUCCAAAUACUCCAUACCCGAAUAACUUAGCUACCCAAAAUCAUGACAACCCAAAUUCCUCAAUUCUACAUACCCUAAAUAUGGAGGAGACUAUUGGGGUUUUCAAAGAUUUAAUCUCACACGCAGAAUCAACCUUGAAGCAAAUAGCCAAUCUGGUGAAUCUGAAUAGUACGUCUGAUUGCAGUGGAGAAUUUUCAGCAUGCCCAUUUGAUUGCCGUCAUCGAAUGCCUCCAGAACACCUCUUUCGGCAUUCACUUUCGUGCCCUGCAUCUCCUGCAAUGGUGGACGUGGAGAUUCUGUCCAGACUAAGGUACCCUAAAACCCUAAAAUGGGAGAAGGAUUUAAUUGCACACGAAACACCAUUGUUUAGUGACAUGUCUAGUUGUAAUUCAGAAGAUCUCUGCAUUUCCAUAGAAGAGGAGGAGGGGUUCUCAGAUAGUGAUUUUUUCUACAAGGAUGCCCUGGGUGUGGUAAAUUCAUUUCAGAGGGAGAUUAGAAAAACUUUUGAGUUGCCCAGGAUUUUAUCUAAGGAAUGUGCAGAGAACGAGAAUAUAAAUGGCAAUGUUUCGCUCUCAGUAAUAUGUGACAUGACUGGUGUGGUACUCCUUCCUUCUGAAUAUUGGUCUUUAAGGAGAGAAGUGGAAGGAUGGACAGAUUUCCCUUCGAGAUACUCCUUCAUAGCACUUGAGGCUGCAAUGGGAUUAGGGAGGUUUAAGGAGUAUGAGAUUGUUAAGUGGGUACUUCUGAAUUCUCCUACUUAUGGUAUCAUAAUUGAUUUGCCGAUGGCUCAGCAUAUAGUCCUUCUUUUGAAGCUUUGCCUAAGAGCCAUUUUGCGAGAAACAAAUGGGAUUUACCAGAGAGAGAAAGAGAAGAAAAGUUUAUCUGAUGAAAAUAAGAGAGAUAUCGGCAAAUUGAUUUAUUCCAUUAAUACAGAAUCGAUCAGUCAAACUGAUUAUUUUGACUGCCCUGUUCUGCUUGAAAGUGCAGCAUGGCUGGCUUUGCAGAUGUCUAUUUUAUAUGGUCAGGCAUGUGGCAGAGGUUUGGUUAUUGGCAUGCUCCGGCAUUCUUUUCUUUGUGCUGGUAAUGCAGUCUCAUGCCUUACUGUCCAUAAUGAGCAACAAAUUAGCAAAUUGUUAGAACAUUCAUCAGAAGUCUUGAGCAGUGUAGGUGAAUCUGAUGGAAAAGUAAAUGUAAACGUGAAUUCAGAUGACAGUGGAAAAAUUUAUUCAAGUACAGAAAAGGAUCUAUUUAAGUUUAGUUGUGACAUGAGCUCAGAGGUUGGACAUAGAGAUAAAUUUGAACAAAAGGAUGGACUGAUUUCGGAGAGCAGGGUGUUUGUGUCUCAGGUCGCUGCAGCAGUUUCUGCCCUGCAGGAGCGAUUUUUUUUGGAGGAAAGAAUCAGAGGACUGAGGCAUACAAGAAGACUUUCAAAGUUUCAGCUAUUAGCUGAACAUGACAAUGCUGUAAAGAAGGCAGUUGCUGAGCGAGAAAAGCGCUUGGAUUAUAAACCCAUACUUGAGCAUGAUGGCCUUGUUUGGCAGCGUUCUUCUUAUCAGAACUCCAACAAGCAUAAAACCAUGGAAGAAUUAUUAGCUGAGAGACGAGAUUAUAGGCGCCGGAGAAUGUCAUAUCGUGGUAAAAAGGUCAAACGAACUCCAUCACAGGUGCUACAUGAUAUAAUCGAGGGCCACAUGGAAGAAAUUGAGUUAGCAGGAGGCAUUGGUUGUUUUGUAAAGGGAGCAUCUGAAACACAACAAAUUGCAACAGAGUCCAUUCCUUCAGAUGGGGUAGCUAGGAGUAUGCAGCAGUUUGGGAGUACUGAUUCUUUCUUUUCUAACAAGGGUGAUGGAUUGUCUUUCAGAAGCAAAUCUGGUAAGAUGGAUAUGGAUCUCGAGAGGACGAGAUUUGGCAAGUCCAGAAGUUCUCACAUGCCUUCACAUAAAUUUUCUGAUGAUCAUAACAAAUUGAAUAAGCAUGAGCAUCAGACAAGGAAUGAUUAUGCUCAGGAUGAUGAUAUUGACAAACAUUAUCGUGACAACAUGCUCCAUGAUGAUGUUUCCCAUUAUUCUGGCUCUCCUUUGGAUAAAAGAUUGGUACAGGGUUAUGAAACUAGAUAUGACAGCAGAUCACAUGAUAGGAAGCCGGAUUCUUUUCUAUCUAACAGAAGUGAUAGGUUGUCUCUCAGAAACAAUUCUGGUAACAUGGAUUCAGAUCUGGAGCGGACAGGAUUUAACAAGUCCAGGAGUUCUCAUAUGCCUUCACACGGUCAUCUUGAUGAUCUCAAUAAAAUGGAUAAGUGUGAUGAUAAUGCUCAGGAUGAUGACAAGGCCAAACACUAUAGUGCCAACAUGUUCCGUGAUGAUGGUGUUUCCCAUCAUUCUGGUGCUACUUUGGACAAAAGAUUUGUACAGGGGUAUGAAACUAGAUAUGACAGCAGAUCACAUGACAGGAAGCACAAUUCUGUCUUUUCUGACAAGAGAGAUAUAUUAUCUUUCAAAAGCAAUUCUGAUAGGAUGGAUCCGGAGAGGAUGGGAUUUAGCAAAUCCAGAAGUUCUCAUAUGCCUUCACAUAGUUCUUCUGAUGAUUGUGACAGAAUGGAUAAGCAUGAGCAUCAGAAGAGGAAUGAUCAUGCUCAGAAUAAUGAUAAUGACAAACAUUAUAGUGCCAACCUGUUCCAUGAUGAAGAUGCUCACCAUUAUUCUGGCUCUGCUUUGGAUAAAAGAUUCUUAGAUGGGUGUGAAACUAGAUAUGAUAGCAGAUCACAUGAUAGGAAGCCUGAAAGUCACUUACACAAAGAAAGGAAUUCUAGGAGAUCUCAUCACAGAAGUGAAAGCAGGUACAGAAGUGAAAGCAGGCAAAGAAGCAGGUCACAAGAAAGAAAACAGAAGGGCGUGGAUGGCAAGUAUGAGAAAAACAGUUCAACUGAUAGGUAUUAAACUGCUUAUCAUUAUGGUUCACAUGAGAGUGCUCAUAGAAGCAAAGAACAAAACCCAGGAAGAGAAAUUGUGAAAUGAAAGAAAAUCAGGAAAGGUAUGAGUUCUCAAGAUGGCAUGGUAAAUGGCAGAAGUAAAAGAACUACUUAAUUUUGAGAACAAGACAGGCUUGAAGAAUCUUGAAAUAAAAUUUAAGUUGACACCGCGACAAAGGAUGAUUUCUUUGUCAUGCUUGGUAUGUUUUUCUACUGAUGGCAUUUAGAAAAUUAUUUCUAUCAGUCGUGCAUUCUAUCUGUCAUUCGCUCAUUUUCUUUAACCAACGUGUGCAGUCACGAGCUGUCCUUUUGAGGCUUCAAGGUUUUGACUGCAUCUGUAUCCUUAUAUGUAUCCUUCAAUUUCCUGUCUCUAGAAUGGUUGUUUUGUUGAAACUUUUCUUUGUAAAGUUCAAUUUUAUUUUUCUUCUGUUU